UCUAACUGCUGGGUGUGUGCAGCCAUGCACAUGAAUGGACUCCUGUGGUGGGUAUCACCUCUACGGAAGGGUGAUAUGCCUAGCUUAUGUGACUUUUUGCACCAGACAAAACAACACAAAUCGAGUAUGGAAACUGUAAUAAUAGCAGCCACCACUCACUGGUUAUGUGGGACUAACUUAUGGCCUUAGCUGCCAGGAUGGGUAGGGAGGUGUACUUUAGGUCUGGCCUUUACCCAUGGAAACAUUUGGUCAACAAUACAAGAGCCUUUAAAUUUACCCUCCCUACGGGCCAGAUGGUCACGAUCAGUUUUCCAUUGGUAUGAUUAUUUGUCUGCUAUAUUUGUUCCCUCACUGGGCACUAUGGACUUAAUGAUCAGAAUUGAAGUUCUAACUAAUUUCACCCAAAGAGCCCUAAAUGACAGCCUGAGAGUGAUUCAAGCACUCAAUACUGAAAAAAUACAAAUGAGGAAAGCAGUAAUUCAAAAUAGAAUGGCUUUAGACAUACUUACAACUGCUCAAGGAGGGACCUGUGCUAUAAUCAAAGCUGAAUGUUGUGUAUAUAUUCCUGAUUUAUCUGGCAAUAUAUCAGCCACUCUAGAUGACAUGAAAGGUCAAGUAGAAGCUGUGUCUGAUGAUAAUCUUCCUUUUUGGACUUCUGUUCUCUCACAGGUGAAGCGUGAUUGGUGGAAAACUAGGUUAACCAUUGUUAUAGUUGCUCUGUUGAUUUUGUUAUGUGGACCUUAUAUUUUCCAAUGUGUUGUUAACUUUGUUUCACAGAGGCUGACUUCAUUUACCCAAAUAUAUACCAGGAAACCUAAAAUACAGUAUAUCCCGGUGAGUGCCACUCACACUGGAAGUUGAGAGCAUUAAGAGGAGGGA